GAAGGAGCGAUUGCGCAAAAAUGACUGAAACUGCCUUGGACAACCCACGGCUGACUCGUUCGUGUAACCGGCUUUUAAAAAUCUGUGACAAUUUGACCACGCCAGACUCCGCGGCUUUCUGGACCCGACGUAGCAGCAGGUGGAAGGGGGUCCCCCCAGUGCCGAUUAGGAUAUCUCAUGGCAAAGAUAAGAACAGGCCACCCCGUGGCUUUCGUCUGUCGUUUGUGUCAGUUUUGGCUGAGAUACCGGGCCGGCGAGUUUGGUUUUAAAAAGAUGCCGAUCCAAAACGGUGGAAAGCACGUGCUCGUCUGGGAACAGCCGGGCCUCGAUGAAGAAGAAAGGGUGGUGAAGCCGAAAGGAUGGUUUGGAACAAGGCAUGUGGUGACUGUUAUGCUGUUCUUGGGAAUGGCGAAUGCUUACACAAUGAGGACAAACAUGUCUGUAGCUAUAGUCGCCAUGGUGAAUCAAACAGCGCUACCAAAGGACCCAACGAUUGUCACUGAUGAGUGUGGAGAGGGUCCAUUAAUAAACAAAAACGACUCUCAUGUGCACCAUAAGGAUGGUCCUUUCUUAUGGAACACAGAAGAGCAGGGGUAUAUCCUCAGUGCAUUUUUCUACGGUUACUGCAUCACACAGAUACCAUGCGGUAUCCUGGCAAAGAAGUAUGGCUCAAAAUGGUUCCUCGGAGGUGGUAUGCUCCUCAACUCAGUGUUCGGAAUGUUGGUGCCAUUGGCUGCCAGUUAUGGUCAAGUCAGUCUCAUCAUCAUCAGGUUCAUCCAGGGGCUAGGGGAAGGUCCGAUUGUCCCUUGCACACAUGCCAUGCUGGCAAAAUGGAUUCCUCCUAAUGAGCGAAGCCGAAUGGGCGCUAUCGUCUAUGCCGGGGCUCAAUUCGGAACAGUCGUCUCGAUGCCUCUCAGUGGCAUUCUGUCAGAUGUGGACGAACUCGGAGGAUGGCCUUCCAUCUUCUACUUUUUCGGGGUUCUCAGCACCAUCUGGGCUGUUGCUUUUCUCCUCACCGUGUACGAAGACCCAGACUCCCAUCCGACCAUAGAUGAGAAUGAGAAAAAAUACAUUAUCAGCACUGUCUGGGGCACAGGCGGAGUGUCUUCUCCUCCCGUACCCUGGAUGUCCAUUCUGAAAUCAAAGCCUUUCUGGGCCAUCCUAAUUGCCCACAUCGGACAGAACUACGGUUAUGAAACUUUAAUGACUGAACUGCCAACAUUCAUGAAGCAAGUUUUGCGAUUCAACAUAAAGGAGAAUGGAGUCCUCUCAGCUCUUCCUUACCUUGCUAUGUGGUUUUUCUCAGUCUCUUCCAGCUGUCUUGCAGAUUACUUAAUAACAACAAAGAAAUUGUCUCAUACGACAACGAGAAAAGUUGCAAAUGGAUUUGGACACUUCAGCCCAGCUUUGGCACUGAUCCUGGCCUCUUACACUGGUUGCAACCCCUAUCUGACCGUUUCAAUUCUGACCAUCGGUGUUGGCCUGAAUGGUGGGAUAUAUUCCGGAUUCAAAGUCAACCAUCUGGACAUCUCACCGAGAUUUGCAGGGAUACUGAUGUCCUUCACAAAUUUCAGCGCUAACAUGGCCGGCUUGGUCGCACCGAUCAUAGCAGGUCAUAUUAUCCACGGAAGGCCCACACAAGCUGCAUGGAGGGAGGUGUUCUUCGUAGCGUCUUCUGUCUAUAUAGUCUGUAAUAUCUUCUACCUCGUUUUUGCGACGAGCAAGAGGCAGCCCUGGGAUGACCCGUCCAAAGAUAAGCCCACGCCGAGCAAAGAUAUCGUCGAAAGCGUUCACUGAGACUGUCGAUUACGCUGUGAUGAAAGCGGAGAUCCUUUUUUUUUUAUUUAAGUCAACAGACUGAUUCGUGCCUUAAACAGGGUAUAAUCAUUAUUUAGUAACUCGAAACCUCCUCAGACUUGUAUUCAUUACUCAGAAUGGAUGUCAUUGUUCAAUAAUUAUUUGUAAUAUUUGUUUUAAUUGUUAUAUUGUACAGAAAGUUUUUAACAUGUAUAUAAAAAUGUAUAGCUAUAGGUUUUUACUUGCACAUAUUGUAUUUAUUUGUCUGGAUUUUUGUUUUGUUUUUAUAUUUUGCCUUUUUGUUUAAUUUUGACUUUUUAUUUUAUUUUAUUUUUUAAAUAUCAAAAAGUUUAAUGUACCUGUGGAGAAAUACUUUCAAGAUUAUUUCUAUGAACAAUCCAAAAUUUAUUCAAGUACAUUCCUUUUGAAUAUUUGAAUAUAUUUUAUUUUUAUUAUGAAUAGAUUUCAGCCCUGUAUUUUUAUUUUUAUUUUUUAUAUUGCAUAGUCAAAAUUUUAGAAACAACUAGUGAUUUUCUAUUUGCCUAUGAAAAAAAAAGAUUUUGCCAUACAUUAUUUUGCAAUGAAAUACACUGUGUAUUAUAAUAAUAUAUAAAAUAAAUGUAAAGAAAAACAAUUUGGGGUUUUCCUGAAGUGUUAUUUUUUUAAAACUGGAAAUUUGAAAGCACACCCAGUCGAAUGAGUGAGAUCUGAAAUAAAGACUAAUUUUUACAAGAA